GUGACAGCAGCAGGACGAGCCCCGCAGUUUUCAAUGGGAUGCACCACAACAAUGUCGUUCAUGGGACCAGCGCUGUGUAAAUAAACAGGACCGUGCGAUGGAAGCGUGGAUUCGUUUCGUCUGAGAGACGUGAGCAAAGUUUGUUCGGCGAAGCUAACUAACGCUGCACACAGCCACCGGCAGCUAACUGCUAACUUGUUGAACACUUGUUAGCAAACUAGCCCGGGCUAGCUUAGAGCUAGUUUAAGCUCCGGAGUUAGUUCGAGUCUGCGUGUGUCAGCUACUUUACCAUGGAGCCGUGUUGCUCUGUGUCCUGCUGCUCCUGAGUCCGUCUCUGUCCACUUGUGUCUCCGGGCUGAACGGGUCCUAGUACCCACCUGUACACUGUGGCUCUACCCAGCGGGUGAGGAGGCGCCAUGGGGACGCGAUGGUCCCGAAGCGGCAGCAGCUCGUCGCCGCUCCUGGAGACACCGAGCUCUGGGGGACAGGGAGAGGAAAGGGGCUCCGACGACGACUCUCUGGACGGGCACGACCGGCGGGAGGACAUUGCCCAGUUCCCGUACGUGGAGUUCACCGGGAAGGACAGCAUAACGUGUCCGACAUGUCAGGGCACCGGACGGAUCCCGUCAGAUCAAGUCAAUGAGUUGGUUGCAUUGAUCCCGUACAGUGACCAGAGACUGCAGCCCCAAAGAACGAAGCUGUACGUGGUCUUGUCAGUCGUGCUCUGUCUCCUGGCAUCUUCGCUGGUCGCCUUCUUCCUCUUCCCUCGCUUGGUGGUCGUGGUGGAUGAUGGGAUACGCUCAGUGACUGUUCAAUUCGACCACACCAAUAAGAAGGUCCUGAUGAACAUGACGAGCACACUGAACUUCAGCAACCCAAACUUCUUCUCGGUGCUGGUGCAGAGUGUGAGCUGCCAGGUGCUCUACAUGAAGACAGUGAUUGGACUACAGCAGCUAGACAACGCCACCACCAUCCUGCCACUGGGUCAUAGUCAGGUAAACUACACUGUCAGUGUGGAGAUUGGAAGCAGCACACCCUAUGUCUAUGCCUUCUGCACCAUGCCCAGCAUCAAGGUCCACAACAUCGUCAUAUUUGUGCAAACGACGGUGAAAACCUCCUACAUGGUGCGGACAUCCCAGAACAGCCUGGAGGCGUAUCGCUACAUAGACUGUGGUUCUAACACCACCCACCACCUGAAAGCCAAGCACCUGGGGCCUCGCUCCUCCUCAGCUGCCACAGCCUUCAGCUUCCCCAUGCUGUGAGUGGAGCAGCCCUCACCUGCGCAGAUCGUUUCUCCGGAGGUGUCGGUGUAAACUGCAGGAUGGAAAACCAGCAGCAGCAGAAAUACUGCCAAUGCUUCCUACUAUGCCCACCAAGAGCCGGUAACACAACGCUGCUGUUAACUUGCGCCACUGAAUGAUGAAGCUGUUUCCUUGAAAACACGAGUGUGUCUAGAGAAUGUUUUGUGAAAUCUUUUUCUGACUGCACAUUUGUUUUCGUCGCACAGCCCCUAGGCAACAGACGUGUGGUAUUGUUGUGGUUGUUGUUGUUAGGCAUCACAGAGAGAAAUUCCAGCCUCCGUGACCUUUUUCCCUUACAAGGUCAGUUUGGCUUUAAUUUGUGGAGUUAAGAUAUUUCCUACCACCAAAAAAUGAUCUGGUUUUUAAGAGUGUUAAUGGAGCUGAUGAUUGCCUGGUCACAUGUUCUAUUGGCAAAAAAGGAGGAAAUGGAAUGAGUCAUUGCCAACAAGCCCUUCUGUGGCCCUGGACAAAUGUCAGAGAAAGCCUCUCUCUAUUAAAAGGAAUAGCCAACAUUCCCAGCUGACAGUGAAGUGCCACAGCUUUAAUGGACCCUCAGGGUUUUGUCCGUCUGCUACUGUAACACAGGGAGAGAACCUUCACCAUCGCUUGGAUGACUUUUGGUGCUGUAACACUGUGUCGAGCAAAGGCUGCUGACUUUUCUUUAAAAAAGGAGAGGAGGAGCUGAGCUUCUGUUUUGGAUUAAAUGCAAGGGAUCAUUUAGCGAGUGUCUGCACCUUUAAAAUUUAACUUACUCUUACUCUCAGAUGUUGUUUAUUUGUUGUGUUAUUUAACUGUUCCUGCGGGUUGACAAAUCAAAUAUUUCAAAGAUGUUUUUUAAAGUUAAAUAAUGAAGUUAUAUCUCAGUGCCCUGUCAGCUCCAUGUCUAAGCACAAUGCUUUUUAGAUUCAGGGUCAGGAUGAGGAAUACUGUUCUCAGACUAGAUUUAAUUUCAGGUGUCAGGGAGGCUCAUGUAAAUUUACGAUCCUGGUGAAGCUACAGAAAGAAGAAUUUGAACUCUUAAAUAAAUAAUCGCACCAACGAACCUCAUCUGUAUAUAGUCCUCUGCCCCAUGGCCUUAACAGUCCAGUAACCAGCAUGUUGACAUCACGGCUGAAGGUGUGUGUGUAUUGCUACACAUAUUAACGGUGGGUCUGUCUGACCCUAACACAUUUACACUGUUAUGUCCUUGUUAUAUAUCUGUUUGUUUUUCACACUUCAAAUAUCGACUCCUUCAUUUCGGAGAAGCUGCUUGAUAGAGGUAGAUUGAAACUCUUCAUCAUUAAAACACUUCUGCCAGAGUAUCGGCUCUUUAUACUGUUAUACUGUCACUUGUCACAGGGCACAUGUCACCGUGGAAACAGAAUGACUGAGAAAUAGGGAUUUGAUAUUUUGGAUUUUUCUUUUAAGCGACUAUUUGUACAUUUCUGAAUGAUUUUACAAGGGUUUUAAAAAAUGUGCUUGAUUGUAGUUUGAAAAAGAUAUUAAAGGGAAAUGUGAAUUAAUAAAAUGAAUAAUCAACCCCA